AUGCCUCUUGCACAAAUUGAUUUUUCAGGCGAUGCACCUAAAUUUAAAGAAAAAUUACAAUAUAGUAGUGAAAGACAAAUACUUAGACGAUUACCAAGAAGUAGAGCUAUUCUUUUUACUAUUCGUCCUUAUUUUAUUUCCAUUGUUGAAAUAGCUAAAGAAGCAAGUAUACCAGGACGAUUAGCUUCAGCUAUACGUGGUUGGUCAGAUGAUAUUUCUAUAUACAAAGGAGAAAAAGCUUAUGCAGAUGUUAUUUUAAAAUGUCUUGACCAAAAACAUCAAGAACAAUGUGAUAAUAGUCUAGAUAUCAAUCAUUCUAACUUUUCUCCAUUUUAA